AUGCCUUCACUCAGUCGAAGCUCAUCAUCAAACUCGCAUCCCAAUCGGAACAACUCACCAUCAACUAACUCGAUCAGCUUGGAGAAUCGAAACACUAGCAGUCUCGCAACUGACUCAGCUGAACCGCAGGAUGACACCAAAUUCAAGCAACUCCUAGCCGUACUCAAGAAGGCCAUCGGCGUCAAGGAUAUGGGCGCCAUGAGGUUGAGCUUGCCCGCUCACCUCAUCACCCCAGUCGGCAACCUCGAAUACUGGUGCUAUCUGGAUAGACCAGACUUAUUUGCCGCCAUUAAUGAUUCAGAAGAUGACUUCGAAAGGAUGCUGGCAGUCUUACGAUGGACGCUCACCAAAGAUUGCAAGUUCGUACAUGGUCCAGUCUGUAAACCUUACAAUAGUGUCUUAGGAGAACAGUUUCGAUGCAUCUAUGAUGUUAUCCCAUCCAAGGUUGAUCCGGAGAGUGGGGACCUUAUAGUUUACGAGACCCCCUCACGAGCCACGAGUCCGACGCAAACUACCGACAGCGGCCCGACACGAGCCGCAAGUUUCCAAACGACCUCAAGCAGCACGGCGCUUGAUCCCGAAGACCCCGGCCCGCUCCGGGAUGGGAACCGGUCUGGCUCGAGUCUGGCAACGACGGUCAACAAGUCCUCGAGCUCCGCCCGAGUCGUCUUCCUCAAUGAGCAGGUCUCCCAUCAUCCCCCAAUCUCCUGCUUUUGGUACGAGGCUCGGCCUAAGACCGACGGCCAACCCUCAAAACCACUCGUUAUUGCUCAUGGGGUCGACCAGAUCAGUGCUAAGUUCACUGGCACCAGCGUCAAGGUGUUCCCUGGACCAAUGAAUAAAGGAAUCUUUGUCAAACUACCCAAUCGGAACGAAGAGUACGAGAUUACCCACCCAACAGCUAUGGUCACUGGUCUCAUCCGUGCCAAUCCGUAUGUGGUGAUUACAGAUUACGCUUACAUCACCUGCCGGUCAGCCCAGAAGCGACGCUUUAGGACGAUGAUUAACUAUGUGGAUGAAAGCUGGGUAGGCAAGGCCAAGUUCGCGCUCGAGGGGGUGAUCUAUGAGCUACAGGAAACCGAUGAUCCCAACGAAUGGACAAAGAUCAAGCAAGUACCAUCCGAUCGAAUCUGGUGCAAGUUUUCGGGAAGCUGGCGGGGCUUGGUGACAUAUACGAUGACGGAAGCGAGCCGAAGGACGAGUGGGCCGAGCCAAGAGCAGCAGCAGAGCAACCAAGCGCGUGAGCUAGUCGACCUGAGCAGUCUAGAGCCUCUACCAAAGACGGUCAAGCCAGAAGCCCACCAGACGGAGAUGGAGAGUCGGAAGUUUUGGAAGAGUCUCACCAGUCUCAUCCAGGCUCAGAACUUCACCGAGGCCACCAAGGAGAAACAGACGAUCGAACAGAACCAGCGCGACCUCUCUAAUAAGCGCAAGGCCGAUAAUCAGCCCUUCAAGCCCCUCAUCUUCAAUACUGACGAUGAUGAGAAUGAUAACGAUGAUAAUGCUGUGAAUUCUGAUUCCGCAGAGCAGCUCAUCGGGCUCAACGGUUACGCGAAGUUCUCUAAACCUAUCCUCACCCCCGAUGGUGUCAAGAUUUUGGAAGCCGAGUUCAAAGGAAUCGGUUACGAUGACCCUCCGCUCGAUAACUAA